AAAAAGAAAUCACAAGGGUUUGGUGUUGGGGGCCAACAAUACGACCUGCGUCUGUGUAAUUGUAGGUGCCAAACAUAUGGUUGCCGAGAUGAAUGUCCGUGAAUUUUCCAUCUCUAAGAAUGACCGUACUUCAAAUUCCAAUUCCAAAUUUCUUACCUUGCCCACCAUUUUGACUCUUGGCCGUGUCGCCGCUGUACCUCUUCUUGUUGCCACCUUCUACAUGGAUGGUUGGCGAGGAACAGUUGUUACUACAAGUAUCUUCACUGCUGCAGCAGUUACAGAUUGGCUUGAUGGUUAUAUUGCUCGUAAGAUGAAAAUGAAAUCUACAUUUGGUGCCUUUUUAGAUCCAGUAGCUGACAAGCUUAUGGUUUCUGCCACAUUGGUCUUAUUAUGUACUAGACCGUUGGAAGUUGCUGUGUUUCGACAAGUACCAUGGCUAUUGAUUAUACCUUCAAUCACCAUAAUUGGCAGAGAGAUAACCAUGUCGGCACUCAGGGAAUGGGCUGCUUCCCAGGGUAGCAAGCUUCUGGAGGUUGUUGCAGUUAAUAAUUUGGGGAAAUGGAAAACAGCAUCACAGAUGGUGGCGUUAAUCAUCCUCCUUGCUACCCGGGACUGCAGUCGUGGAGGACCUGCUAUUUUGGUGGGAUCUGGGGUUGUCUUGCUUUACAUUUCCGCAGGGCUUGCCUUAUGGUCAUUUGUAGUAUAUAUGAGAGAAAUAUGCAAGGUGUUGCGGAGGUAGCAUGUUUGAUUGCUCUCUGCCUUCACAUAUAUCCGCUUGUUUGGUGGGUUUUAUUCUUUUGAUCAUUUCUUACGUAAACAGUUUAGUUAGUGAUUCCAUGGAAGGGAAUGUAGUCCUUGUGAGUUGUGACCAAUAUAUAUAAUGUUUGCUCUCCACAAUGUCUAACUCUGCAAAGCACCAUUCCUCCUAUUCUUGAAAAUUGUAUUGUUUUUCCCCCUUAGUUACCACUGGUAAAGGAAAGAUGGAAAAAAAGAAAGAAAGAUGACAUGUGGAUUGAAUUGGAAGAAUUCAGGUUACUAGUCACGCGAAUCGAAUUCCUAUCUACAGUUUGGAGCCUAUUAAAGUUUGCUACCUGAGAAAUUUCGCCAGAGGAAUCAAUGUAUGGUUCUAGUUGACUCUUAAAUUGAUUUUUGUCCUGGUCAUAUUAUUUGCCAAUACUUAAAUACAACAGUUAUUUUUCAGUGUCU